AUGUCAGAAAGUCAAGACAUCGAUAUGGUUAAUGUUGAGGACGUUGACGUUCAAAAGAAGGCAUCCGAGGCUGAUGCUUUGGUUGUUGCUGAUAUAAGACAAAACUUUAUGCUUCUUGAACGUGCAGUUCAUACGUUUGAGUCACGCUUUACGACGAGGGUUUUGAGAACUACUGCAUCAAUUAGAAAACGGUUGAAUAUAGAUAUUUUGUUUCAGUCUUUUCGGGAUGUUUAUCCAAAAGAUUCUGCUGACAAAGGAAGACUUCGGAAUUACUUGGGAAAGGAUUCCGGACUUAUGGACGUUGAUUCCGAAGAAGAUACAUUAGAUAACUCUCAACCAUUACCCGAAAUUGACCUUUAUCUUCAUCUAUUGGUAAUGAUAUACUUGUUGGACAAACAAGAUUAUGAACAGGGUAUUCGAUUGUCUUGUGAAACUAUUAAUAGAAUCCAAAUUUUAAAUCGUCGUACAUUGGAUCAAUUGUCUGCUCGCAUAUAUUUUUAUUAUGCACGUUUUUACGAACUUACCGGAAAUUUAGCUGAGAUUCGACCCGUUUUAUUGGCUGCACAACGGACAGCAACUUUACGUCAUGAUGAUGAUUCUCAGGCUACGUUGAUAAAUCUGUUGUUGAGAAAUUAUUUUCAUUAUAAUCUUUUUGACCAAGCCGAUAAGCUUGUCAGCAAAGCAACGUUUCCCGAAUCUGCAGGAAAUAACCAACAGGCUCGUUACAUGUAUUAUUUGGGUCGCAUUAAGGCAAUUCAGCUCGAUUAUACGGCUUCACAUGCUCAUUUGAACCAAGCUAUUCGCAAAGCACCUCAGAAUACCGUUACAGCCGGAUUUCAACAGGCUGUAUAUAAAUUGUCAAUUAUUGUUCACCUUCUCAUGGGUGAAAUUCCCGAGAGAUCCAUAUUUAGACAACCGGUUCUAAGAAAACCAUUGGUUCCUUAUUUACACAUUGUUCAAGCUGUACGUAUUGGUGAUUUAUCAAAUUUCCAAGAAGCGAUAGCCAAAUAUGGAGAUGUCUUUCGUAAAGAUAAGAAUUUUACUUUGAUCAUAAGACUCCGACAUAAUGUAAUCAAAACAGGUAUUAGGAUGAUAAGUUUAUCCUAUUCCCGUAUAUCUUUACGUGAUAUUUGUUUAAAGUUACAUCUUGAUAGCGAAAAGGAUGCCGAAUAUAUUGUCUCUAAGGCUAUCCGAGACGGUGUCAUUGACGCAAUUAUAGAUCAUGAGAAAGGAUUUAUGAAAUCCAAGGAAAAUGUUGAUAUUUAUUCGACCAAUGAACCCCAAAAUGCUUUUAAUGCUCGUAUUACAUUUUGUUUAAAUCUUCAUAAUGAAUCAGUAAAAGCAAUGAGGUUUCCACUUAAUGCUCAUCGUAAAGAAUUAGCUUCUGCUGAAGCACUUCAAAAUGAUGCUAUUUCUUCCUAUUACUCAAUAUUAUAA